GAGGCCUUGCCUGAGGCGGCCGCCGCGGGGAGUGGGGAAUUGCUGUGUGAAAUUCCUUCACGUAUCUAGUUCCUCGUCCCUCUGAACCCUUCCCGGCUCUGUGAUUUAGAGGUUUAUUCUGCCCUUUCUGUAUGAGGGGAUGUAUUUAAAACACUCACCUGCUGUAGGGGCAGUGUGGUUGUUGCCUGCAGCCUUGGAUUGCAUCCUGGGCCGCUGGAAGCUGCCUGCUGUGCAUCACAAGGUUUGCUGCUGCUGUGGGAAUGGGGGAGUACGGAGUGGCACCAGGCCAGCGUGUGGCCAUCAUCUGGGACAGCUCCUCGCCGGUUGAAGCCCUGAAGGAUUUGGUGGACAAAAUUCAGGCACUGGUGGGAGCCAAUAAUCGUGUGUCUGUGGAAAACGUUAACCAGCUGUCUCAGUCAGCUCACAGGGAGUCCAGUUUUGAUGUAGUUCUCUCUGGUGUGGUACCAGGCAGUACAGCACAGCACAGUGCGGAGGUACUGGCAGAAAUAGCUCGGAUACUUAAGCCGGGGGGCCGUGUCCUCCUGAAAGAACCAGUGGUUACAGAAUCAGGAAACAACAGCAGAAUCAAGACAGCAGCCAAACUCCCCACAGCUCUGACUCUCUCUGGGUUGGUGGAAGUGAAGGAGCUGCAAAAGGAAGCGUUGACCCCAGAGGAGGCCCAGUCGGUCCAAGAGCAUUUGGGUUACCAAGGCAAUGACCUUCUCAUUGUUCAGAUAGAAGGCAGGAAGCCCAAUUUCGAAGUGGGUUCCUCAAGUCAGCUCAAACUUUCCUUUGCCAAGAAACCUGGUCCUUCAGGAAAACCCUCCGUGGACCCAGCCACUGCCAAGCUGUGGACGCUCUCUGCCAAUGAUAUGAAUGAUGAAGAGAUGGAUCUUCUGGACUCUGAUGAGCUGUUGGAUUCAGAGGAUUUGAAAAAGCCAGAUCCAUCAUCCCUUAGAGCUCCAUCCUGCAAAGAAAUGGGCAAAAAGAAAGCCUGCAAGAACUGCACAUGUGGCCUGGCUGAAGAGCUGGAACAGGAGAAGAAGAGCUCGCAGCCCAAAUCUGCCUGUGGAAAUUGCUAUCUGGGGGAUGCAUUCCGCUGUGCCAGCUGUCCUUACCUGGGGAUGCCUGCCUUCAAGCCUGGGGAGAAGAUUCUCCUGAAAGAGAACCAGCUGCAUGAUGCCUAACAAAGGCAUCUCUGGCUGUCCUGUGAAGGACUCCUCUGCUUUUCCAUCAGUCUGAGGUUCUUCUUGCAGUUCUCCUCAUCCUCUCAAACUCAUGCUCUCCAGCCAAUACUCCUUGUGGGGAGGGAUGCUGGGGGCACUGACACUGCUGUGAACUCAUCACUUGUAAUCAACCUUGGGCUACCUGAUAAUCUUUGGUGACGAGUGGUCUCAUAUGUAUUAGACUUCAUGUUAUGCCUUGUUUUAGCUGGCUUGACUUGAUACUGGGACACUGGCCAUCACAGCAUGUCCCACCAGCAGAGGGAAGUAGAAUCAAGUGUCAGGUUAACCUCGUUGGUGUGUGGCAGGACCCAUACUUCCCCAUGCCCCUGUCGUACAGCUCUAAUUUGCCCUGAUUUUCCUUGACAAAUCAGCAGCUCUGGCUCAGCUCCGGGUGACACUGGGCUCCUGCUGUCUUUGAAAUUUGAACCUGCAGUUCCUUACCACGUGAAGGUGGCUCAGUAGCUCCUGUUGCAAGUCAGGAGCAGUGAGUACACUUAGCCGUAUGUAUAUGUACUCUUAGCAGCAUAUUGGAACUCCUUGGUAAAGUCUGGCAGGCAUGAUCAAUUUCCAAGCGUUUUGGGAGCCUGCCCAUGAUAUCCCCUUCCCCCACCUAUUUCCAUCAAAAUGACAAAGAUUCAGUCCCACUGAGAAAACUCCUGCCCUUAAGGCAGAGAGCAGAUUAAACAAGAUGUGUCUUGUCCUCCCACACCUUUCUGUCCAACAUCAACUGAUAACACAAGGGCAAUCUGAGACUGUUGCCUCUCUUGGUGGUUACCAGGUUAGUUACCUGCAGUGUCCAGUAAGUAAGAACAUAGCAAUAACUUAAUUUCUAGAUGAUCUGUGGUCACCGUCCUCUCCACAAGGUACUGACUACUCUUUAUUUAUUUGCAUAAUUACUGCUAGUGAAGCAUCUGCACAGGUGCGGGUUGUUCUGUGCCAGGCUUGCUUCUCACCCAGGGAUGAAGAGGAGGAAAACCCAAAGCCGGUGUCUCAGUGGGGUUUGCUUUGGAGCUCAUGCUCUACAGGAUGUGACUGCUUGUUGUUGUGCUACCUGAGUUACACACUAAACUCACGGAGGGAGCUGGGAUGAAAGGCUGUUCUGUCCUUGAAAUAAAAAUGACCAAUAGUAAAGCGUUUGUUUUAAGACUGGUAUUAGUGGCGUUCUAAGUGUGUCUCUCCUUUUACUCAGCCUCUCAGUGAUUUCUGGAACCAUUUAAAUGUUGGGUUGCAUCUUGGGAGUUCUCCAUAAAUUAUUCCACUGAAAACAUGACUCGAAUACAUGAUGCCUAGUGGAAAGAACAGAAUCAAGUUGCCUAGAUUAACUUUUUCAUUCGGUCUAGAUUUCAGAAAGAGGCUUUCUCCUGGUUAAGGAGACUAAGGUUUGCAGGGAGAGAAGGGAGGGAGUCCUCUGGGUGUGCAGAGCACCCUGUGUGGAUCAAGGGGCAGGUGCUCCAGUGUGACCUGUGUACGACUUGGUACCUACCUGGGAGCCAGAGGGGAACAUGAGGGACUGGUGGCAACAGCAACAGAGACCUCCAAGAGCUUGUGUGUAGAGGGGCGGCUGCCCUCCAGCAAGAGCACGGCUUUCCCAGACCCCUUCCUCACCCUUACCCCAAGUCACUGCCUCUGUCAUUAGUGAGAACGGCUCCCAAGGAGACACAAGUCUUGUGAUAAACCUCCUGUCCAGCAAACCUGUUAGCACUCCCAUCUUGUGAUCUAAAGAAAUGGGUAAAAGCCUCUGCUCACCUGUGACCUUUUUCAGUUUUAUUGCCUUUUUUUCAGCCUCACUGGUAGCGGAAAAUUGGAUAUCUGCACGUCUCCAUGUGAAAGGUUCCUGAUAAAGGCAGCCCUUAACCUGAACUCUGCUUUCCUGUCAGGAGUAAAUAAGAUAAGAGAGGGAGGAGGCAGCAGAAGCUUUUGUUUUAUAGUGAUUCACUCAACUGGAAUUUAAACAAGCUGGAAGGACUUUCAGAUACUGCUGAGUUCAGUUAAUGAUGGUUAAGGCUGUGUAAUCUCGUUCUCUUUAAGCAAUGGAGCAUAAACUGGGUGGGAUUAUGCUCCUAUCGGCCUGCUUUUGAGGAGUAUUUAACCUUUUAGCCCCCUUCCCUUGUCUGCUACAGUCUCCAGCUACGCUGCCUACCCUCCCUCCUUCUACCCCUAGUCCUUGUGCCUGGCUGCCCACCCUGUGCGUGGGAGGGUGCCACUUGUCCCUAGGGGGUGAGCAAACUGAGGCUGUGCCUAGAAUAGAGUAGAAUAUUUCAGCUGGAAGGGACCUACAACGAUCAUCUAGUCCAA